UAGUGUUCGGUAACCCACUUCUUUGACUUGUCUGUAUUUAGAUUGAGCAUGAACACAAAUCAAAUCUGAGAAAAAAGUCUAGUUUUCAGAGGCCGGGCACAUAGAGAGUGGGAGUGUGUUUUCUAAGUGUGUGUGUGAAAGGAUUCUCUAUAUCCUCUGCAAUGGCAUCACUGACAUCUUCCAGCCGCAGAUCGUCCUCAUCCUACCGCUCAUCGUCGCGUUACAGUACCUCCAGCUCCUAUCGGUCGGAGGGCUCACUGGGUGGAUCGUCCGAUUCUCUGGAUCCGCUUUUUGAGCAAUUUCUUGACUCCGCCGAUCAUUCCAGUCUGUUUGGAGAAGAAGACCCCGCUGACCGUUUGACCCCCUUCAGCAGGCACAGCAGAUCCUCAUAUGGACACAAUGCCCCAGUAGGUGGCACUGUGACAGGCCGGCAGAGCAGUACAGCUGGUGGAGUUCGAAGUCUGGGAGACAGCUACUACAUAUCAGCUGACGUCAGCCAGUUUGAGCCACAUGACGUAGUGGUGAUGGCCUACAACCACCAUGUUGUCAUUCACGCCCAGAAGGUACUUGACGAUGGAAGCAUCAGUGACACAUUCACCCAUAAGUCCCUGUUUCCGGAGGAUAUGGACCCCCUGUCGGUCAGUGGGACUCUUAACCCUGAUGGUACCCUGGUGGUGAGUGUCCGCCGGACCGUGACGAUAGGUGGGCUAGAGCCACUGGGAAUCCCCACCUACCGCAGUGAAGCUCACCUUUGACCUCUGGCCUUAUGGUGCUUCUCGUCUCAUCUACCACUGUUUGAUAUCAUCAUUUUAUGUACAUAUAUAUACCACUUACCGAUCAGCCAUAACAUUACAACCACCUGCCUAAUAUUGUGUAGGUACCCCCUUUGCUGCCACCACAAGACGUUAGCAGUACAUCCUUUAAGACCUGUAAAUUAGAGGUGGGGCCGCCAUGGACUAGACCUGUUUUUCCCCGGUACAUCCCACAGAUCCUGAAUCGAUUGAGCACCCUAAGUGGUCUGCAUCUAUGCAGCCCCAAAAACUGUGAUGCACAGCUUUCUGUCAGAACACACCUUUAUCAGCAGGUUGAGCUACAGUAGCUUGUCCAUUGGAUCAGAUACACAGGUCCACCAUCGCUCCUCAUGUGCGUCAGUGAGCCUUUG